AUGCCUGCAUUUGAAGCUGAAUCGGUGUGCGGAAUAACAGCAGCAGCAGGAGUGCACGAGGUGAAAGAACGCAGUUCUACACUGCGAAAGUUUGCGGCAGAGUUCUUAGGAACGUUUAUAUUGGUGCUCGUCGGGUGCGGUUCCACCACUGUGGCUUGGUCCGACGGAUACAAGCCAACAACAGUUCAAAUUGCCCUGGCGUUUGGGCUGACUGUUGCGUGUGUUGUACAGAGUCUGGGCCAUGUCAGCGGCGCGCACGUGAAUCCGGCGGUGACAGUGGGGUUGCUGACGGCCGGCCACGUCUUCCUGCUGAGAGCCCUCUUAUACGUGGUGGCCCAGUGCGCCGGCGCCGUUGCUGCAGCCCUCGUCCUAAAGGCGCUGACACCUGAAGAGUCUGCAUCCACUUUGGGCUUGACGGCGGUGAGCCCACACCUUACGCUGACGCAGGCAGUCUUCGUGGAGGCGAUAAUAACUUUCGUGCUGGUUAUAACUGUGUGUGGCGCCUGCUUCGGGGAGAGCGCGGAGGCGAGGAGUGGUACUCCCUUCGCCAUAGGCCUAUCCAUAACGGCCUGCCACCUAUUCGCGAUGCAAUACACUGGCGCAGGCAUGAACCCAGCGCGUUCUCUUGGGCCUGCUAUGCUGAAGUGGCAGUGGGACAAUCACUGGAUCUACUGGGUGGGACCACUUGUCGGAGGCAUUGCAGCUGGCGUCAUGUCCAGGUGCUUGUUCACAAAGAACACUACAGAAGCAGCACCUGCUGAGACCACAGCUAACACUGAACGUGAACCUUUAUUACCAUAG